CACGUAUAUAAAUAUGUAUUAUAUACGUAUAUAGACGCAUGUGAUAUAUAUAUAUAUAUAUAUUUAUAUACAUAUAUAUAUAUAUACUCAAGUCGUAUCACAACACAAACAACUUGACUAUUUGCUUGCGUACAGUAGGUAUAUAAAUGCUCUCGAAUAAAUACGAAAUACCAUAAUAAAGAACAUCAAACUCGAUUUGCGUGCACGAAUACACACGAAAUACAAAACUAGUCAAAUUUGCAUCAAAUUCGAUCAGAAAUCAAGUACUAGCCAUAUACAUGUACCUUGAGAUGUUCACGAUGCUACAUUUCAGGAAUAGUAUAAGUAGAUCACUCCGAAAUUCACAGCCCAUGUGGAGUGCGUGUAGAAGACGGAUCUCUACAUCGACACGCGUGUGCUAUAAAGCUAAAGAGAACGACUUGGGUUUUGGUCCGAUCAAGUCACCCGAGCGACCUUUCGAGGGUCUCAAACUGGUAACAGGUCUAAAAAUAGAAUCGGAGCCAGAUACGGAUGAUAGUGAUGUCUCAGAGGGUGAAGAUCAGGGGGACUUCGAGAACCCCAUUGAGGAGGGCCAAUUCCACUGCCGUACGCUGCAGCUGCCCGAUGCCUUAAAGGCUACCAUCUACCAACUAACCAGCGGGCGGUCUGUGCGGCAAAUGCGCAAAGAUGUGGAGCGGUUGGACUACUUUCUGCACACGCGCACAUCCUCCAGUGUCGACUACGAGCCGUUCUCGACCGGAAACCCCAUGCACAGGGAAACUAAGAAUGAAAAAGUAGCCCGGAUUAUGAAAGACCAGAAAAUAUCAAAGUCCAAGGCCCAACGCAUGAUGGCAAUGGCGGCCGAUGGUGACGAGACGUCUCUAGAAAUGGUUGACAAGCGAUUGCAUUUCGGUACAAAGCGAUCGGAUGGGACUACUUUGCUCACAUCGAACUCCAUCGCAUAUGGUGUCAAUGAGGGCGUGGCCUAUGCGGUCAGUCGAUUGCCGGCUGUGUACUCUGCGGCCUACAGAGUGCUAUUGGAGAUUUACUGCAGAGACUUCGAUUGGACUCCCAAAACCGCUCUGGACUUCGGCAGUGGCGUAGGCACGUCCAUGUGGGCCGCGCAUACCCUAUGGGAGGCGGACACAAAAUAUGUCAACAUAGACAUGUCAGAUGACAUGAACACCAUCUCCGCUUUUCUCAACAAAGAUGGCGCUGGGCACCCAAUCCACAAUGUAAAAUACCGCAAGUUCAUGCCCGUACUGAACAAGGUCAAACAUGAUCUGGUCACGUGCUGCUUUUCACUGUGUGAGUUGCCUUCACUGGAGGCACGCAAACAGGCGGUAGAGAAUCUCUGGUCUCAAACCGAUCAGUAUCUGGUGAUUGUUGAACCAGGCACACAAGAAGGUUUCCGGAACAUUCGCGAGGCCCGUAAGUGGAUCAUAGGCGAAGCGGACGCCGAAUUGAUCGCCCCUUGUCCGCAUGACGAUGACUGCCCCAUGGAGGCGAACGAAAAGGUCUGCAAGUUCCCACAGCGUGUGCUGUAUUCGCGCGCUCAGCAGGAGGUAUGUGAUUAUGCCUGGAGGCGCUUUGGCAUAGGGUUUUAG